GUAUAUCAAUGGGCAACGCGCUAAUACACCCGCAAGGUAUGAUGCACUACAGCUUGCUGAUGAGGGAGCUUGGGUUGAUGGAUGAUGACCAACUCCUAGAGCUGAUGGAUUUAGAACAGUACACCAUGAGACUGGUCGACGCUGGAGCUAUGAUGGAAGCUGCUCAAAAAUAUAACGAAACCAUAGAGUUCAUAAAAAGAGUGACUCAGGUGAACAUAUUCAACUUUGAAAAGGAACCAGCGGGACUCCUCUCCUCCUUGGAAGAGUAUGUCAAACGGCCAGAUGUUAGAGAAAUGAUUCAUGUAAGGAAUGCCUCCUUCCACUUGAACAACCAGCUGGUCUACCAGAAGAUGCUGCCAGAUAUCAUGAACACCACCAAACCCUUGGUUGAGGAGUUGCUCGAGCAUUAUGGCGUCAUGUGCUAUUACGGCAUCCUAGAUCUGUUCGUCCCGUACAGUCUGUCAAAGCGAGCUCUAUUCAGCGAUAUGCAGUGGUCACAACGAGAGCAGUACGCGAGCUCGCUGCGGAAACCCAUGCGCCUGAACUCUGACGGGCGUGUUGUUGCAUACACGAAAGCCGGCGGCAAUUUUAUGGAGGUGCUGAUCCGCGGCGCAGGCCACAUGGUGCCGAAAGAAAACCCAUAUGUCGCCAACGUUAAUCUCCUUCAAUGUCAUGCCUGCGAAUCAUCACCCCCGACUCCUGAAAUCAAAUCCGAUAAUGCGACAUCACCACGAGAUAAAUUCAAGGUUAACCCCGACAAAUUCCUGGGCAUUGAGAGUUAUUCCGGGUUCCUCACAGUGAAGGAAGGCAAUCAUCUGUUCUUCUGGUACUUCCCCAAGGAAGACGCGGGAAAUACGCCCUGGAUUAUAUGGCUGAAUGGAGGCCCUGGAGUGUCAUCUUUGCUAGGACUCUUCGAUUUUAUCGGGCCUCUUGAAAUUAAGAAUGGUGAAGUGUCACUGCGCAACACCACGUGGGCCUCGAACUAUUCGCUGUUGUUCAUUGACAGCCCAGUGGGCGCCGGCUUCAGCUACACAGAACGCGAGGACGGGUACCCCACCAGCUCUGCAGAGGUGGCAAAACAACUGUACAGUUUUCUGGAGAAGUUCAUAGAAGUGUUCCCGGAACUGAGCAAUGCACCCCUCUUCAUAGCUGGGUCAUCUUACGCGGGAAAGUACGUGCCCUCUCUGGGGAUCGAGAUACACAGGCACAAUGACUCACAGCCGAUUGUCAAACUGAAGGGUAUAGCGAUGGGCAACGCGCUAAUACACCCGCCAGGUAUGAUACACUACAGCUUGCUGAUGAGGGAGCUUGGGUUGAUGGAUGAUGAACCAAUCCUGGAGUUGAUGGAGUAUGAACGAAACAUCACUCGACUAAUCGACGGCGGAUGUAUGGUAAAAGCAUCCAAUAAAUAUAACGAAACGAUAGAGUUCAUAAAGAAAAUGACCGAUGUCAGCAUAUAUAACUUCGAGCAUGAUCCCAGUGUGAUCCAAUCCACCUUAGAGGAGUUCGUCAAACAGCCGGAGAUCAAAGAACUGAUCCAUGCAGGGAAUGGCUCCUUCCACCUGAACAACCAGCUGGUCUACCAGAAGAUGCUGCCAGAUAUCAUGAACACCACCAAACCCUUGGUUGAGGAGUUGCUCGAGCAUUAUGGCGUCAUGUGCUAUAUCGGUCAAUACGACCUGUUCAUCCCGUACAGUUUGUCAAAGCGAGUAUUCAAGGAUCUCCAGUGGUCGCAGCGAGAGCAGUAUGCAAACGCGCCGCGUAAGCGCCUGCGCCAUAACCCCGACGGCCAUGUUGUUGCAUACAAGAAGGCGGGUGGCAAUUUUGUGGACAUCAUGAUACGAGGAGCGGGUCACAUGGCUCCAAAGGACAAGCCACAUGUAGCCAAGUUCAUAAUAGAUUCGUUUAUACAGCAAUUCCAAUAGAGAACCUUUACAUUAAUGAUAUUGGUUGAAUUUUAUAUGAUAGCGUUAUGUUUUAUCGUGUAUGUAGUAUCGACCCCUUUUACAUCUUCUUUUAUACCUACUUAGGUAGCAACAUAAUUCUAUAAUCAUCAUCAACAGCCUAUAUACGUCCCACUGCUGGGCACAGGCCUCCCCUCAAUCUACCGGAGGGAUGGAGCAUACUCCACCACGCUGCUCCAAUGCGGGUUGGUGGAGGUGUUUUUACGGCUAAUAGCCGGGACCAACGGCUUAACGUGCCCUCCGAAGCACGGAAUCAUCUUACUUUUUCGGACAAUCAGGUGAUUCAAGCCUGAAAAGUCCUUACCAAACAAAGGACAGUCUCACAAAGUGAUUUCGACAAUGUCCCCAUCGGGAAUCGAACCCGGACCUCCAGAUCGUGAGCCUAACGCUCUAACCACUAGACCACGGAGGCUGUCAUUCUAUAAUAAUGUGAUCCAAAUAUCAAGCAACAGUUAUUUUUAUAUAUGCUUGCUUCUGCCAUUCUGCAAUAAUUAUGUAACUGAGUAUCCAAUAAGAAAAUAGGUAAUUAUCACGUUAAAGGUCUAUAUUGUUUUUGGUGAACGUAGCCUGGACAGUGUCUCAUUUCACAUAGCAAAUGGCUGAUGACUUCAUCGGUCGUUGAACUUCUAUGCUGUUUAUUGUAAACUUUUAUAAACUUUUUGUUGAUAUCUACAAAAUACAGUUAGGAAUCAAUCAGUUUGUGGCAUAAAACAAUGCGUAUUGAUCGGGACACUCCGCCACGCCCGCAGCAAUUCUUAUCUGCGGGCUCGGCACGACUAUCUACUGCCGCGCGGCGCGGAAUUUAUCCGAGGGCCAAUAGGAUCAAAGAAUGCUAUCCACGUGGAUAUAUUAAAUCGAUGCGUGCACGACGUCGUCGUACGAGUAGAUAGCAAUUCCGCUAACAACUGUCACUUGCCGAUAGUGGAUAGUAUAUCCAAGUGCGUGCACGGCGCCAAUAUGGCUGAUUUCUACGUAUGACAUUUCGAUUGACAUAUAUUUAUCUGCCUCCCGAGAGUGGCAGAUAGGCUUGAGAUAGGCGUCGUUAGACAAGUAUUUGCAAGUUAUUUUGAAUAAAAAUGUGGUGAAUAAAAAUGGCAGUAGAUAGUCGUGCCGAGCCCGCUGGCGCCUGAGCUAUAUUUACCUCACCCCCUCUGGGUGUUACUUUAGUCUCAACGGCUGUAAGCCUCUAAGGAAUAAAGGAGAGCGCGCACAAGCCGUUUGUCUCACUCUCACUUACCUGAUUUGUAUGGAGUGUCUUGAGUGUGCUGUUAUGCCAAUGGCAUAACUAAAAACCAUGCUAAAUACCAUGGUCACAAAAUAAAUUGUUAAGUGAAAGAAAUAAUAAGUAUAUGUAAACAUUUUUUAUUAUCUAUCUUAUAUGGCUAUAUUAUUAACAGACUCUAAAAUUAAAAUAAAAUCACAUUCAAAAUUUUCACAACAAUUUGACUAUUCUAAACACACUUAUUUCCGAAAGAAUUAUUUUAAGUAUAUACAGACAAGCCAUCAAUGGCCCCGAUUCCUGCAGACUCCUCCUAAUUUUAUUUUAAGUUAUACCUGUCAUUUUCUUAUCCGCCGAAAAGGAAAGGGACGGAUGACUGACAGCUGUUAAUUUUAAAACGAAUGAGUGAAUGAAUGGAUAACUCGGGCAGAUCAAAUAGGUGCCUCGCUGGUAUGCAAGUUAUGCAACCCGUUUGACGUGUAGACGACGUGACGUGAUAGACGAACAGUGUUACUUUCACUUUUAUAAGUGUGGAUUCUAUCAUCCAUCACCCUUACACACUUACACUCACACGUAUUAAUUAAUACACACACUUUCCUCGAUAGAUCUAAAAUUCUAAAUGGUACUUACAAACGACAGUCCAAUAAAAUCAUAUAUUUACAAAAGUACACUAGAGAUCUCACUAAGUGGAAAUAAAGCGAUAGACAACGAAGAUAAUAACUUGGUCAAAGAAUAAGAUAAGUAUCCCAAAACAUUGAGACGCAAUAAAGGAGGAACACAGUAGUUUCUAUAUAAUCAAAUCCGGUUAAUCUUAGGAUUUACCACUGAGCCAUGGUAAAUGUUAGAAAAGAGAUGUUUAGAAUUUAAAAUUAAACUUACUUCAUCACAUCACUAAUUUAAGAGCCACGCUCUUGUUGGUCUAGCAUUCUUAAUGCUA